AUGGCCGCCAGGGUGUCGACUCGGUCAAAGGAAGCGUCGACUUGUACAGCGAGUACUUCCGGACCAUCAUUCAAUUCAGUUCUUGCACUGAAUGUGCGGACCAAGAUUGCCAUGGGUCUCACGGACGACGGAUGCGCCUCUGUCGCGUGGUGCGGCGACAAGUUCAGCGUAGCUGGGCAGAACUGGGAUCGGCACUGGAUGUACGCUCAAAAGGAGAGACUAGUCAUCUUCUAUAUACGGCCGUCGGGCGCGUCCCAGCCCGCCAUCAGCACCGUCAUCGAGGCCGCCAUCGUGGCUAAGACGGGCCUCAACAGCGCCGUACCAGGCUCCGGGGACAGUGACAAGCAGUGA